AUGGAAGACAAUGGUGUAGAACCAAAACGAUACAAACUAUGUUUGGAUCCAAACUACAGCAACCAAAAUGUGUCACAGCAAACGCAUAAUAUCUGGUCUAAAAGAUGCAAAAAUUGGAAACCAUUGGAUCAACAGCUAAGAAACAGCGGCGUAGCUAUUUCACCAAUUGCAAAUUUGGAACCAGAAAUAAAAGAACACCUUUCUGAAUUCUCACAAGAGGAAAAUGUGGUUAGUCUUGAACCACAAGAAUUGGUAAACGAAAAGGAAGAUACUGACGCCGAUGGUGAGAUAACUCUUUCAAAAUUUGAAGAAGACAAUAUUAGGUUUGAUGAUUGCUCUCUAUUAGAAUUUGAAAGCAGUGAUCAAGACGAUGACUGUUCUGAAAAUUCUGAAUUUGUUGAAGCUGAAGACACCGGCAAUGAAGAAAUCCAUGAUACUGUCAAUGAACCAUUACUCAUUGGAAACAGAGUAAUGUUUCAACAAUCAAAUAUGACAAUAGAGGAUGUUUUAGAAAUGAUCAUGGGAUUCUCAACGCGAUAUUCCAUAAGUUUAGAAGGUCGUAGUAAAUUAUUUGACAUGUUUAAAAUUUGUGCAGGACCUGAUUUCGACAAUGUAAAUGUUUCAAACUAUAUGAUGUCUAAAGCUUUCGAUCCACCAAAAGAUAUAAUUAAAAUCCAUUAUUAUUGUGUUAAUUGCGAAGAACUAUUAUUAGUAACUCAGAGGAGCAGUUUUGUUAAAGAAAAUAAGAAAGAAGUUCUUUGCGACAAGUGUUCUCAACAGUAUGAACUUACAUUAAAUUCUCCAAACAGUUUUCAAGUCUUAAAUUUAAAGUAUCAAAUUGAUCAGUUGCUUAAAAAUCCAAUUGUAGUAAAACACUUUGUCAACAAAAUAAAAAACAGAACUACCGAUAAUGUUAGAGGAGAAAAAUCUAUUUCUGACGUUGAUGACAUUAUACUAUACCGCGAAUUUGUAAAAAAGCAUCCUAACGCUAUAACUUUUACAUUUUCCACGGAUGGAGCAGCGGCUAAAAAUCCUUUAAAGUGUAAGACAAAAUUUUGGCCAAUUCAAUUAUUAUUUAAUGAAUUACCGAUUUCUAUGAGGUUCAAGUUUGUUCUAUUGAAUGCUGCAAUGGUAGUUCAACAAGAGCCUAGUAGUAAAUUAUUAAAUUUAUUUCUAAAAAGUUUUAUUGAUCAAGCCUUAGAGUUAAGUGAAAGCGAUAUUCCUGUAAUUCAUGAUGGCAAAACUUAUCGAUUAAAAUUCAUUCUUUUAUUUUGCGCCCUUGAUUCUGUAGCUCGAGCGUUGGUACAAUGUAGAAUACAGUAUAAUGGUUAUUUCGGGUGUAGUUUUUGUUACAUUCACGGAUUUUAUGCUUGUGGCGCGGUUAGAUAUCCAUUUGAAGAAAAAAUUUCUGAAUUACGAUCAUCUGAAUCUCAUAAAUGCGAUUUGAAAACAGUGUCAGAAUCCAGUUGCUUGAUUCGAUCUAGGGGAGUUAAAGGAGAAUCCGUUCUAUGCUCUUUAACCGAUUUUGAUAUGAUUUGGGGAUUUUGUUUCGAUUAUCUUCACACUGCUCUCUUGGGUCCAGUUGAAGAUAUUACUCGUAGCUCUUUUUUUUCAAAAGAGAUUAUUAAAAAAUUGGAUUGAAGAUUAACAUCUGUACGCCCUAGUCACGAAGUGUAUAAAUUGCCGGAAAAAUUGAGUAAUAGAUCAGUAUGGAAGGGAACACAUUGGAGAUCGUGGAUUUUAUUUUACUGUCUACCAAUGUGUAUAGAUUUGCAGCUGCCAUCAAAUGUUUUGGAGAAUUUGGCUUUAUUAGUAAAAGCAAUGUACAUGAUUUUGAAACUUGGGGCAACUGAAACAGAACUUGACGAAUGUGAAGAAAUUCUUAAAAAUUUUUUAGAAACUUAUCAAUCAAUUUAUGGAAUUAAAUCUAUGAAAUAUAACGGUCAUAUGGUGAGACAUGCUCCUCUUUGUUACAAAAAAGAUGGACCCAUUGCUUUGACAUCGACUUUUAUUUUUGAAAGUAAUAUGGGGUUUUUAAAAAAUAUUAUCGUUGGAACGAAAAACGUAGGCUUUGAAAUGACAAUGAAAUCCUUGAAAUUUAUGGCAUACAAAUGUAAGACUCGAAAUUAUUUAUGUAAACCUGUUGUAAAAGCUUUUUGCGAAAGCUUAUUUUCUGAAAAAAAGUAUACAUUGAGUGCACGCAUUAAGAAUGAUGUAACAUUCUUCGGCAAACCAAUUAUUUCAAAUGACCCGAAAACAAAAGAUGCUGAAAUAUAUACUAAAUGUAUUUAUCGAAAACAAACUUAUCAUAGUGUGACCUAUCAACGCGGAUCAAAAUUUAAUGACACUGUUAUUCAGCUUGAAUGUGGAACAAUUGCUCAAAUUUUAGAAAUAAUUGCUAUGCCAAAUGAUGAGUGUUACUUUCUUGUUUGGAAAUUGAAAAGUGAGCAAAUGAUUGUACAAAAUA